AAAACAAGAUUUAGUUUUAAGAGUCCUAAGCAAUACGAUCAUGAUUCAAUAAAAUAAAAUAUUUAGUAUAUAUUUAAUAAGAUGGUGAUAAAAUAAAGAUGAUGACAUUCCAACUUUUUUUUUAUUUAUAUUUAUUCAGUUUUUUUUCUAUGUACAUUCAUUCAGUUAAAAUAUUAUUGGGUGUCCAAUCACAAUCGAUGACUUUUCACCUCAAUUUUAAAUACUAGCAACUUUCAUUUAUUUAUGAGAUAUUGUAGCUUUCGCUAUUCAGUGAUUUCACAUGUAGGAGGUCCUACAUGUACAAAAGGGAAAAGGGAUACCUUAAAAAACUAACUCAUAAACCAGUGGUUUCCAACCUUUACCGUUCCAUUCCCCCCUUGGCUAACUUUCAAAAGCUUCAUUCCCCCCCUCCCCAACCAUACUUUUUAGAUUUUUUUUUGUUUCAGCGUAUAAAUAUCUCAAACUUCUGUAAACUUGCAAAGUCCAUGAGAUUUCAUUACAUAAACAAACUAUUCGUUUUGAAAUCUUAUGCAUUUGUUCAACUGGUAAUGUUGUAUUAAAUAUUAUUUGUUAUUUCAAAAUUUUGCAAAACCUCUUCGAAAGUCUUAAUGAUCCACAAACAAAUUCAAAAACAUAAAAAAAAUGUUUUUUAAAGCUGUUCAGGUCUGACGAAUGCAAAAACACGAAACUCACAGAAAUUAAUAAAACAAAUAUUUUUCAAGAAAAGAUCUCAAAAAUUAAAACUCUAGAAAAUGCUGUUACAAAUGUUUUUUUUUUUCUAUUUUCAAGAACAACUCAUGAAUGAAACCAAGGUAAAACUUGUAGAAAUGAUACUAUUAAAUUUUGAAAUAGUAGUUUAUGCAACAAGUUGCAAAAAGAGGAUCUUUUCAGCACGAGUAGUACAUUUAUCCAACGAGGUUCACCGAGUUGGAUAAAUACGAAGAGUGCUGAAAAAAACAAGUUUUGCAACGAGUUCCAUACAACAUUUUUUGCAAUUCCGAAAAACACCCAUUGGGUGAAAUUUGAGGUACAAUUUUCAUGUAUUUUUUCAAUAAAUCGUUUAAAUAAAAAAAAAGUUGAAAAGUGUUACUUUUCGAAACAAGUGCUGAAAAGUUCAACUUUUCUAUGGAACAGAAAAAUGAAUUUGAACCUUCCAAACCUCAAACCAAGAUACAGGUAGGACAGAUCUAUCAUGAACAUAAAUUAGCUUCAAUCUAUGCAUUAUUCAAUAUUGCGUACGCAACAAAACUGCUUAGUAAAGACGAAAUAAGAAUUGUUGAGUGUUUGCUACAUUCUGAAAAUGUGCUCAAAGCUGGUAUUAUUUCACAUAUUAAGGAUGAAAAGCCAACAUUUGUGCAUCAAACUUACGCCGAGUUUUUUGUGGCAAAGUUCAUUUGGGAAAAAUAUUCUGCCUGUGAAAUUGAUAAAUUUGAAUCAUUCGUUGAUUUGAUUUUCAUUAAAAACUUUGUAGAAGGCGAUCGAUCCCAAAUCACACACUUUUUGCUGAAAAUUGCCCAAUCUGAGGAGCAAAACGAUGUGGUUAAAGUCAGCAAGGCUUGUGUCUUGUUAGAUCAACUUUUGAGUUUGAAAUUGUGUUCAAAAGCAGAAUUCAGCAAAAGAUCAAUUUCAUUCUUGCUGGGAAUAGUUGAAUGCUCAAUACCAGAAAAAGGAACUGAGGGCUUUGCAAAAUUUAAAUCUAUCGUGAAUAAAAAACCUAAAUCCAGAAAUAUUUUACUUCUUAAAGCAGCAGAAAAUGGUUACUUAAAACUUGUACGCUUGACAAUGGACGAUUCCCCUGACGAUUGGAUGAACAUUUCUUUUGACUGGUUAGAUGGCUGGACGGCGCUACAUUUUGCAGCAAACGGUGGUCACAAACGCGUCGUAGACUAUCUUUUGGGUAAAUCAGCGAUUGUCGAUACUGAAACGGCUGAAAAUGGACAAACUGCGUUACAUCUCGCUGCAGCAAAAGGUCACUCAAGCAUUGUUGAGGCACUAUUGGGUAAGAAAGCGAAUAUCAACGCUAGAACGACGGACUCUGGAGCAACUCCACUGCAUUUGGCAGCGCAGCAAGGAUCAACUGAAGUUGUUUCCAAAUUAUUAGAAAAUGGAGCAGAUAAAUAUGCCACUACGACGGUUGAUGGUGAGACUCCUUUGCAUGUUGGUUGUCGUUAUGGUCAUCUGGGUAGCGUAAAAUUAUUAAUAGAUAAUGAGCAAGAUAUCAAUCUUCGAACAACGAAAACUGAAUCCACACCAUUGCACGUUGCGACUGAGAAUGGACACUCUGCCAUCGCUAACUUUUUAUUGGAGAAAGGCGCCUUGGUCAGCGUUGUAACGAAAGAUUUGGGAUUCACACCACUGCAUUUUGCUGCUCAGAAUGAUUUAAGCGAAACAGUAUCACUUUUAUUGGAUAAAGAUGCACCAACUGACAGUAUUUCAAAGUCAGAUGGACAAACAGCAUUACAUUUAGCCGUAACUCAUCGAAAUGCUAAUGUUGUUAGUCUACUUCUAGAGAAAAAGGCAAACGUUAACAUCCAAACUGAAAACGAUGGUUGGACUGCACUACAUUUAGCAAUAAGAAACAACUCUUAUGAAACGGUUGAAAUGUUGCUGCAAUACGUAACAGACAUAAAUGCAAUCAAUGUUUGCAAAAAGAAUCAAACUCUGAUACACGAAGCCGUGUUAACUGGUAAUUCAAAGCUGGUUAAACUCAUUCUUGAUAGUGGAGCAGAUACUGGAGCAGAGAAUAUUAACAAAAUGACUCCAAGGGAUUUGGCAUCAAAUUUAGAUAACCAACAAAGACAGGAAAUUGAGGCAGUUUUCAAUGAGCAUUUCAAUAAAGAUCUCACUUACGGGAAACGACCUAGGACAGCUGCAAUUGCUGGUUUCAACUACGAAUUAAAAAUACUGACAAUGGUUUUGUUCCGUUUGCUUCACGAUGAAAAAAUCGAUGAUUUCUAUUUAGGCAGCGACAUUGCAGAAGCUGGCUAUUUUGACGACGUUGUCAUAAGAACCAGAACAGGAGUUAAAUCUCGAGUAUAUUGUCUUCAGGCUCAGCAUAAAAAUGCUGGACACAAUGUAAAAUUUCCGAAAGCCAUCAAAGGGCUUGACAGGAAUGACGAUUUCAAUCUAUCAAAGUAUUUUCAAAGCUACCUACAAAUACGGCACUGUUUCAAAUCAGAAAGUAAUCAUGUCAUAUUCCAGGGAGAAUACGAUCAAACAGAGUUAAAGCUAAUAAUGAUGACUCCUGCUAGAUAUUCAGGAUAUCCGGAUCAAAUAGAAAAAAUGUCAGCUCUUAGUACAUUAAAUACCAAAAACACAGGAAAAGUGAUCAAGUUAAAGCCGUCUGCUGAAUGGUUAGAAUAUUUCGCAACUGUUUCAAUGGAAUGGCAUAAAAACAUAUUUGCAGAAAUAAUAGCCACACUUAUAACUUUACAUCAGUACGAUAAAUCCGAUUUAAAGACUGCAUUGCAACAUCUUACAAAUUCCGUCGACUACGAUUUCAACUGCUCAAAUCUAUUGAAAUUAUACUAUCAUAAAAAUGUCAAAGCAAACAGGCGUUUUGAUAUGUAUAGGAACAGCAGUUUGCAUGAAAAAAUUUAUGAUAUGCUCGAUGAAUCUCUUCUACCAUCCACUGAACAUCACAUAAAUUUAGUGCAAGAUUUCUUCUCGAAAUUGGAAAUUUACUCAGAAUAUGCUACAGAAGACGAGAUGGAAGGAAUUAUAAAACGUGACAUUCUAUCUAAACAUUACGAAUGUGAUGAAUUAUUAUAUUUGAAGUCUUUAGCUGCUGUGGAAAAUUGGUGGAAGCAAACAGGUGAGGGGACAUUUUUAACAAAAAAAUGUGAUUUUUUUGAAAUUGCUAAACAUGAAAUAGAAUUAGACAAAAUCCAUUUAGUUAACAUGGAAAAAGUUAAUAGUUCUGUUUCAAUUAAUACCCACGAUGUCACAAUGAACCCAAAAUUGGUUGAAUGUUUCAAAGAAAUUGAAGAAGCAUUACCCUUUUUCAUGAACUUUUUCAGCACCAAACCCGACAUUACCUGCCUUAAGCUUUUAUCAUACGUACAAUCGCUAGGUUGUGAAGUCAAAAUCGUGCUCCUCGAUAAAGCAGAAGUCGAACAAACGCUGAGCGUUCUCUCGAAAGUCGAUAAACCUCGAUGUUUGUUUAUCGCUGUUUUACCAGAACCGGAUAAAGUGGCAAUUGAAAAGCUACGUAAAAAAGUAAACAAACUCGUCGUUGUUACUAAACACGAAUACAGAGGGGAGUGGAAAUCAAUCGAAGAUAAGACUUAAUGCAAGUUUAAUGUCACAACCAUUUCAAAAAUCAACUUUAACGACCCCCCUGAUCUUUGGUGGUGUCUAGUACAAGUUUAUGCUCGAACCUAGGAGUCCAAAGGCUUGAAUGGGAAGACAGUACCCAAACCUUUUUCUACUCCAAGAAACCUUCCACUGAACUGACGACCUUUGGAUUGCAGGCUUUUUUCUUCCCCAUCCGAUGGAAGGUUGGGGCAGAUGGGAAUCGAAUCCAUGAUCAUCCGCUUACAAAGCGGACAGCGGAAUCAUUCGAUCACGCCUGCUGCUCACAACACAACUAUUUUCUUUACAAAACAACAUUAAAAAACAACAUAACUACAAUCAGGGAAUUACAAUCAAUUGAAAAGUGCAUUAGAUAGUAUUAAAAUAGUGUGAGUGUAAUAA